UGAAAAAGGCCAUAGAUUUUAAAUCUAGAGGAUUUAAAUUGUUUCCAGGGAAAGACAACAGCAACAAGUUUUCUAUCUUAAAUGAAGGAGGUAUCAAACAGGCAUCAAAUUUGUGUCCAGAUCCUGGUGAACCUGAGAAUGGAAAACGAAUAGGCUCAGACUUUAGCUUGGAUUCAACAGUGCAGUUUUCUUGUGAUGAAGACUAUGUGCUGCAGGGGGCAAAAAGCAUUACCUGCCAAAGAAUAGCAGAGGUUUUCGCAGCAUGGAGUGAUCACAGACCAGUGUGCAAAGUAAAGACGUGUGGAUCUAAUCUUCAGGGACCAGGCGGCACUUUUACAUCCCCCAACUUUCCUUUCCAGUAUGAUAGUAAUGCUCAGUGUGUAUGGGUUAUCACAGCCAUCAAUCCAAAUAAGGUUAUUCAGAUUAAUUUUGAAGAAUUUGACCUGGAAAUUGGCUAUGAUACCCUAACAAUUGGUGAUGGAGGAGAAGUGGGGGACCCUAGGACUGUGCUCCAAGUGUUAACAGGAAGCUUUGUGCCGGAUUUAAUUGUUAGCAUGAACAAUCAGAUGUGGCUGCAUCUUCAGACUGAUGAAAGUGUGGGCUCAGUUGGCUUCAAAGUUAAUUACAAAGAGAUUGAAAAAGAAAGUUGUGGAGAUCCUGGAACUCCAUUAUAUGGUAUUAGGGAAGGAGAUGGAUUUUCCAAUCAUGAUGUGUUGAGGUUUGAAUGCCAGUUUGGAUUUGAACUGAUUGGAGAAAAAACUAUUGUUUGUCAAGAGAAUAACCAGUGGUCAGCAAACAUACCAAUAUGCAUUUUUCCUUGCCUAUCUAAUUUCACGGCACCAAUGGGAACUGUUCUUUCUCCUGACUACCCAGAAGGAUAUGGAAAUAACUUGAACUGCAUCUGGACAAUCAUCUCAGACCCUGGGAGUCGCAUUCAUCUCUCCUUCAAUGAUUUUGACCUAGAAUCUCAGUUUGACUUCCUUGCAAUUAAAGAUGGUGAUUCUCCAGAUUCUCCAAUACUUGGCACAUUCACUGGAGCUGAAGUGCCAUCCCACCUGACUAGUAACAGUCACAUUUUACGCCUGGAAUUUCAAGCUGAUCAUUCAAUGUCAGGCCGAGGAUUUAAUAUCACCUAUAACACAUUUGGACAUAAUGAGUGCCCUGAUCCUGGUAUACCAAUCAAUGCACGUCGGUUUGGAGACAAUUUUCAACUGGGGAGUUCCAUAUCUGUGAUUUGCGAAGAUGGUUUCAUUAAAAUUCAAGGAACUGAAACAAUUACUUGUGUGUUGAUGGAUGGCAAAGUGAUGUGGAGUGGACCCAUCCCUAAGUGUGGAGCUCCAUGUGGUGGACAUUUUGCAGCCCCCAGUGGAGUCAUCCUUUCUCCAGGCUGGCCUGGCUAUUAUAAAGACUCCUUGAAUUGUGAGUGGGUGAUUGAAGCAGAACCAGGACACUCUAUCAAAAUUACAUUUGAAAGAUUCCAGACAGAACUCAAUUACGAUGUUCUUGAAGUACAUGAUGGACCAAAUCUUCUGUCACCACUCCUUGGCUCUUACAAUGGUACACAAGUCCCUCAAUUUUUGUUCAGUAGCAGCAAUUUCAUUUAUCUCCUGUUUACAACAGAUAACAGUCGAUCUAAUAAUGGAUUCAAAAUCCACUAUGAAAGUGUAAUGGUUAAUACCUACUCUUGUUUGGACCCUGGUAUACCUGUACAUGGCCAUCGUUAUGGGCAUGAUUUUUCCAUUGGAUCAACUGUAUCGUUUGGGUGUGACCCAGGUUAUAGACUGAAUCAUGAGGAACCUUUGCUUUGUGAAAAGAACCACUGGUGGAGCCAUCCACUCCCUACUUGUGAUGCUCUUUGUGGAGGAGAUGUUAGAGGACCCAGUGGAACUAUUCUAUCUCCUGGUUACCCUGAACUGUAUCCAAAUUCAUUGAAUUGCACAUGGACUGUGGAUGUAACACAUGGAAAAGGAGUGCAGUUUACCUUUCACACCUUUCAUCUGGAAGAUCAUCAUGACUACCUACUAAUCACGGAAAAUCGCAGCUUCACUCAACCACUAGCACGCCUGACUGGUUCAGAACUUCCAUCUGCAAUCAAUGCUGGUCUCUAUGGAAAUUUCAGGGCUCAGUUGCGUUUUAUUUCUGACUUUUCAAUAUCAUAUGAAGGAUUUAAUAUUUCUUUCUCAGAAUACAAUCUGGAGCCUUGUGAGGACCCUGGGACUCCUCAAUUUGGAAGCAGAAUUGGAAUGAACUUUGAAGUAGGAGACACUCUUACUUUCUCCUGUUCUUCUGGAUACCGCUUAGAGGGAGCUUCAGAAAUUAUUUGCCUUGGUGGUGGCCGAAGAGUGUGGAGUGCACCUCUGCCCAGGUGUGUGGCUGAAUGUGGAGCUUCUGCCACCACUAAUGAAGGAAUAUUGCUGUCCCCCAAUUAUCCCCUCAACUAUGAAAACAAUCACGAAUGUAUUUACAGCAUUCAGGUGCAAGCAGGGAAGGGGAUUAAUAUUUCUGCCAGAACAUUCCAUUUAGCACAAGCAGAUGUUCUUAAGAUAUAUGAUGGGAAAGAUAAUACAGCACACUUGCUGGGUGCAUUUACUGGAGCUUCUCUAAGAGGACUGACGCUGAGUAGUACUUCAAAUCAUCUUUGGCUUGAGUUUAAUUCAGAUUCUGAGGGAACAGAUGAAGGGUUCCAGCUCGUAUAUACCAGUUUUGAACUUUCUCACUGUGAGGAUCCAGGUGUGCCACAAUUUGGAUACAAAAUCAGUGAUCAAGGCCAUUUUGCUGGCAGCACUAUCAUUUAUGGAUGCAACCCUGGUUAUACUCUCCAUGGGAGUAGUCUUUUGAAAUGCAUGACAGGAGAAAGGAGAGCGUGGGAUUAUCCCCUGCCAUCUUGUAUUGCUGAAUGUGGAGGUCGUUUUAAAGGAGAAUCUUCAGGAAGAAUCUUGUCCCCAGGCUAUCCUUUUCCUUAUGAUAAUAAUCUGCGUUGCAUGUGGAUGAUUGAAGUAGAUCCAGGAAACAUUGUCAGCCUCCAGUUUCUUGCAUUUGAUACUGAAGCCUCACAUGAUAUUCUCCGUGUUUGGGAUGGUCCACCUGAAAAUGACAUGCUGCUGAAAGAAAUUAGUGGCUCUCUUAUUCCAGAAGGCAUUCACAGCACUCUCAACAUAGUGACAAUACAAUUUGACACAGACUUCUAUAUCAGCAAAUCUGGGUUUGCCAUUCAAUUUUCAAGCUCUGUAGCCACAGCGUGUCGAGAUCCAGGAGUCCCCAUGAAUGGAACACGCAAUGGGGAUGGAAGAGAACCUGGGGACACAGUCCUAUUUCAAUGUGACCCUGGCUAUGAGUUGCAAGGAGAUGAGCGAAUAACCUGCAUUCAGGUAGAAAAUCGGUACUUCUGGCAGCCCAACCCACCAGUCUGUAUAGCACCUUGUGGCGGCAAUCUGACGGGUUCAUCAGGUUUUAUUCUUUCACCAAACUUCCCACAUCCUUAUCCCCACAGCAGAGACUGUGACUGGACUAUUACUGUUAACAAUGACUACGUAAUAUCAUUAGCAUUUAUCAGCUUCAGUAUAGAACCAAAUUAUGACUUUCUCUACAUCUAUGAUGGGCCCGACAGCAAUAGCCCACUCAUUGGAAGCUUUCAAGAUAGCAAAUUGCCAGAGAGAAUAGAAAGUAGUUCAAACUCAAUGCAUUUGGCUUUUCGAAGUGAUGGAUCUGUUAGUUUUACUGGGUUCCAUUUGGAAUAUAAAGCCAAAUUACGUGAGUCGUGCUUUGAUCCUGGGAAUAUAAUGAAUGGUACAAGACUUGGAAUGGAUUAUAAACUGGGAUCAACAGUCACAUAUUAUUGUGAUGCUGGCUAUGUUCUUGAAGGAUACUCUACCCUUACUUGCAUCAUGGGAGAUGAUGGAAGACCUGGAUGGAACAGAGCCUUACCUACCUGCCAUGCACCUUGUGGAAGACGUUCCACAGGUUCUGAAGGCACCGUUUUAUCUCCAAACUACCCUAAAAACUAUAGCAUAGGACAUAACUGCAUUUACUCCAUUGCGGUUCCUAAAGAAUUUGUGGUUUUUGGCCAGUUUGUAUUUUUCCAGACGUCACUCCACGAUGUGGUUGAAGUAUAUGAUGGGCCAACUCAGCAAUCAUCUUUAUUAUCUUCACUUUCAGGAUCACAUUCAGGAGAAUCCCUUCCGCUGAGCUCAGGAAACCAGAUAACUGUCCGAUUUACUUCAGUUGGGCCUGUUACAGCUAAAGGAUUUCACUUUGUUUAUCAAGCGGUUCCAAGAACAAGUGCAACACAGUGCAGUUCAGUGCCUGAACCACGAUUUGGAAAAAGAAUUGGAAAUGAGUUUGCAGUUGGUUCACUGGUUCUUUUUGAGUGUAAUCCAGGCUACAUUCUGUAUGGGUCAAUAGCAAUUAGAUGUGAUACAGUGCCCAAUGCUUUGGCCCAGUGGAAUGAUUCCCUUCCUACAUGUGUUGUGCCCUGUGGAGGUAUUUUAACUAAGCGCAAAGGAACCAUUUUAUCUCCGGGAUACCCUGAGCCUUAUGACAACAAUCUGAAUUGUGUGUGGAAGAUCACAGUGCCGGAGGGAGCUGGGAUUCAGGUACAGGUGAUAAGUUUUGCAACAGAGCAUAACUGGGACUCUUUAGAUUUUUAUGAUGGUGCUGAUAACAACGCUCCAAGGCUUGGAAGCUAUUCAGGAACUACAAUACCUCCACUUCUUAAUAGUACAUCCAACAAUUUGUACUUAAACUUUCAGUCAGAUAUUAGUGUGUCGGCUGCUGGCUUUCAUUUAGAGUACACAGCUAUAGGUUUGGACUCCUGCCCUGAACCCCAGACCCCAAAUAGUGGAAUUAAGAUUGGAGACAGGUAUAUGGUGGGAGAUGUGGUUUCCUUCCAGUGUGACCAAGGAUAUUCUCUCCAGGGGCAUUCACAUAUCACCUGUAUGCCUGGACCAGUAAGAAGAUGGAAUUAUCCUAUUCCAAUUUGCUUAGCACAGUGUGGUGGUUCCAUGUCAGACUUCAGUGGUGUGAUCCUUAGCCCAGGAUUCCCUGGAAAUUAUCCCAGCAGCUUAGAUUGCACGUGGACUAUCAAGCUGCCUGUUGGGUUUGGUGUGCACUUGCAAUUUGUGAACUUUUCAACAGAGACAAUCCAUGAUUAUUUGGAAGUUAGAAGUGGAUCAACCGAUGUUAGCACUGCCAUUGGUAGACUCAGUGGUCCUCAGCUACCUUCUUCCCUUUUCAGUACCACACAUGAAACCAGCUUAUAUUUUCACAGUGAUUAUUCUCAGAACAAACAAGGAUUUCAUAUUGUGUAUCAAGCCUAUCAGUUGCAAAGUUGUCCUGACCCACGUCCCUUUCGCAAUGGCUUCGUGAUUGGGACCGACUUUACUGUAGGACAAACUGUUUCAUUCGAGUGUUUUCUUGGAUACACUUUAAUUGGAAACUCAGCUCUUACUUGCCUUCAUGGGAUCAGUCGUAACUGGAACCAUCCUCUUCCAAGGUGUGAAGCUCUUUGUGGAGGAAACAUAACUGCUAUGAAUGGUACAAUAUAUUCACCUGGAUACCCUGAUGAAUAUCCAAAUUUUCAAGACUGCUUUUGGCUAGUAAGAGUACCACCAGGAAAUGGAAUUUAUAUCAAUUUCACUGUUCUUCAGACAGAACCAAUAUAUGAUUUUAUAACAGUUUGGGAUGGGCCUGAGCAAAAUUCACCUCAGAUUGGUCAGUUCAGUGGCAACACUGCUUUGGAAUCUGUCUACAGCACUUCAAAUCAGAUUUUAAUAAAGUUCCACAGUGAUUUUACAACAAGCGGCUUCUUUGUCCUUAGUUACCAUGCAUAUCAACUUCGAGUCUGUCAGCCUCCACCUGGUAUACCAAAUGCUGAAAUUCUGACUGAGGAUGAGGAAUUUGAAAUAGGGGACAUAAUAAGGUACCAAUGUCUACCAGGUUUUACAUUAGUUGGUAAUGAGAUUCUGACAUGUCGACUAGGAGAGAGAUUGCAGAUGGAUGGCACACCACCUGCUUGCCAAGUAUUAUGCCCUGCAAAUGAAUUGCGCCUUGAUUCAACUGGAGUGAUACUGAGCCCAGGCUAUCCGGAUAGCUAUCCAAACCUUCAAAUGUGUGCUUGGACCAUUACAGUGGAAAAGGGUUACAAUAUCAGCCUUUACUUUGAAUUCUUCCAGACAGAAAAAGAAUUUGAUAUACUUGAGGUGUUUGAUGGACCAAAUAGUCACAGCCCAUUGCUAAUCUCCUUAAGCGGAGAUUAUACCUCCUCUCUCAAUAUAACAAGCACUGGUCACGAAGUGUUUCUCCGAUGGUCAGCAGACCAUGGAACCAACAAAAAAGGUUUUAGGAUAAGGUACAUAGCUCUUUACUGCAGUACUCCAGAGUCACCUCCUCACGGUUUCAUUGUUAGCCAGACAGGAGGACAGCUCAACAGCGUGGUUCGCUGGGCUUGCGACCGAGGAUUCCGUCUCAUUGGGAAAAGCACUGCUGUCUGUAGAAAAUCUCCCCUUGGAUACCAUGCAUGGGACGUACCUGUACCAGCCUGUCAAGCCAUCUCCUGUGGAAUUCCAAAAGCUCCAGUGAAUGGUGGGAUAUUAACUACAGAUUACUUAGUAGGCACACGUGUUACUUACUUUUGCAAUGAUGGGUACAGGCUAUCAUCCAAGGAACUAACCACUGCAUCCUGCCAACCAGAUGGCACAUGGAGUAACCAUAAUAAAACACCUCGUUGUGUAGUUGUUACAUGUCCAAGCAUUAACUCAUUUACCCUGGAACACGGAAGGUGGCGAAUAGUGAAUGGUUCUCACUAUGAAUAUAAAACAAAAGUAGUUUUUAGCUGUGAUCCUGGGUACCAUGGAUUGGGACCAGAAUCCAUUGAAUGUCUUGCUAAUGGAACUUGGAGCUGGAGAAAUGAGAGACCGUACUGUCAAAUUAUUUCCUGUGGAGAACUUCCUACACCUCCAAAUGGGAAUAAAAUUGGAACUCAGAUUACAUAUGGGUCGACUGCUAUCUUUACUUGUGACCUAGGAUUCAUGCUGGUGGGUUCAGCUGUAAGGGAAUGUCUCUCUUCUGGACUAUGGAGUGGAACUGAAACAAGAUGCUUAGCGGGUCAUUGUGGAGUUCCAGAUCUUAUAGUUAAUGGCCAGGUGAUUGGAGAAAAUUAUGGAUAUAGAGACACUGUUGUAUAUCAGUGCAGUCCUGGCUUUCGGCUUAUUGGUUCUUCUGUACGGAUAUGCCAGCAAGAUCACAACUGGUCUGGUCAGCUUCCAUCCUGUGUGCCUGUUAGCUGUGGUCAUCCAGGGAGCCCGAUUUAUGGACGAACAAGUGGGAAUGGUUUCAACUUCAAUGACGUUGUGACAUUCUCUUGUAAUACUGGUUAUGUUAUGCAAGGACCAACAAAAGCCCAGUGUCAGGCGAACAGGCAAUGGAGUCAACCGCCACCUAUAUGCAAAGUGGUCAACUGUUCAGAUCCAGGAAUCCCUGGAAACUCUAUAAGAGAAAGCAAAAUAGAACAUGGAAAUUUCACCUACGGUACAGUUGUUUUUUAUGACUGCAAUCCUGGAUAUUUUUUAUUUGGCUCUUCAAUUUUAGUCUGCCAGCCUAAUGGACACUGGGAUAAACCUUUGCCAGAAUGCAUUAUGAUUGACUGCGGUCAUCCUGGCAUUCCUCCAAAUGCAAUCCUUUCUGGAGAGAAAUAUACAUUUGGAUCCAUUGUUCAUUAUUCUUGCACAGGAAGGAGAUCACUAAUAGGCCAGUCAUCCCGGACAUGCCAAUUAAAUGGACUCUGGAGUGGAACUAGGCCUCAUUGCUCAGGUGACACAGCAGGCACUUGUGGGGAUCCAGGAAUCCCAGGUCAUGGUUCUAGAGAAGAAACUAAUUUUAGAACUAAAAGUGUUGUACAGUUCUCUUGUGAGCUUGGUUACAUCCUUCAUGGAUCAGAGGAAAGAGCUUGUUUGGCAAAUGGAAGCUGGACAGGAAGGCAACCAGAAUGCAAAGCUGUUCAGUGUGGUAACCCUGGAACAACAGCUAAUGGGAAAGUGUUUCGAAUUGAUGGCACAACGUUCUCUAGUUCUGUUAUUUAUUCCUGCAUGGAAGGCUAUAUUCUGUCUGGACCUUCUGUACGACAGUGCACUGCCAAUGGGACAUGGUCUGGUUCCCUGCCAAAUUGUACAAUAAUCAGUUGUGGAGAUCCAGGAAUACCAGCCAAUGGAUUGAGAUAUGGUGAUAAUUAUGUUGUUGGACAAAAUGUUACCUAUAUGUGCCAACCAGGGUACACAAUGGAAGCCAACAGUUCCAAAAUUCGUACUUGCACAACUAAUGGCACAUGGAGUGGAAUGCUACCAACUUGUAAAGCUGUUACCUGUCCAACUCCACCCCAGAUUUCUAAUGGAAGACAGGAAGGAAUAAAUUUCGAUUGGGGAUUUAGUAUUAGUUAUGUCUGUUCCCCUGGCUAUGAAUUGUCCUUUCCUGCUGUUUUGACCUGUGUUGGGAAUGGAACAUGGAGUGGUGAAGUCCCACAGUGCUUACCAAAGUUUUGUGGUGACCCGGGAGUUCCUGCUCAAGGCAAAAGGGAAGGCAAAAGCUUUAUUUAUCAGUCAGAAGUCUCUUUCAGUUGUAAUCUUCCAUUUGUGUUGGUUGGUUCCAGCACUCGCAUAUGUCAAGCAGAUGGUACAUGGAGCGGAUCAUCUCCCCGUUGCAUAGAACCCACCCGCACAGCCUGUGAAAACCCUGGUGUUCCUCGUCAUGGAUCACAGAACAACACCUUUGGUUAUCAGGUAGGCAACAUUGUGCAGUUUCACUGUAGAAAAGGCUAUCUUCUUCAAGGGUCUACAACUCGAACCUGCCUUCCUGAUCUUACAUGGAGUGGGAUUCAACCUGAAUGCAUUCCUCACAGCUGUAAACAGCCAGAAUCUCCAGCUCACACAAACGUUGCAGGAAUGGAUCUUCCUUCCCUCGGUUAUACCUUGAUAUAUACAUGCCAACCAGGAUUCUUCCUAGCAGGAGGAUCAGAACACAGAGUCUGUAGAUCUGAUGGUACAUGGACAGGAAAGGUUCCUUUCUGUGAAGCUGGUUCCAAAAUAUUGGUGAAAGAUCCUAGACCUGCUUUGGGAACACCAAGCCCUAAAUUAAAUGUUCCUGAUGAUGUGUUUGCUCAGAAUUACAUAUGGAAAGGAUCCUACAAUUACAAAGGCAAAAAACAGCCAAUGACCUUGACGGUUACUCAUUUCAAUGCAUCAUCUGGAAGAGUGAAUGCAACCCUUACUAAUAGCAACAUGGAGCUGUUGCUUUCAGGGGUGUAUAAAAGUCAAGAAGCCCGUUUAAUGCUCCAUAUAUAUCUUAUUAAAGCACCACCCCAUACUUCUGUGAACAAACUGAAAGAGGACAAAUGGGCAAUGGAUGGCUUUGUUUCUGCAGAACCUGAUGGUGCAACUUAUGUUUUUCAAGGAUUUAUUCAGGGUAAAGACUACGGUCAGUUUGGACUUCAAAGAUUAGGACUUAAUAUGUCUAAAGGAUCAAAUUCAUCAAAUCAAUCACAUGGUACAAACAGCAGUUCUGUGGCCAUUGCUAUUCUCGUGCCUUUUUUUGCUCUUAUAUUAGCAGGAUUUGGAUUUUACCUUUAUAAACAAAGAACUGCACCGAAAACACAAUACACGGGAUGCUCUGUACAUGAAAAUAACAAUGGACAAGCUGCUUUUGAAAACCCCAUGUAUGACACCAAUGCAAAGUCUGUCGAAGGAAAGGCUGUGCGAUUUGAUCCCAACCUGAACACAGUUUGCACAAUGGUAUAA